AUGUGCCACGUGGCCAGCGAGCAGGUGAGCAAAGCAGCGCUGGAGGAGAAGAUCAACGAUCUUCGUACGGAAUUGGCUAUCUCAAACAGUCAGUUAAGCGAGAUGGAGCAUAUCCGUCGGCAGAAGGACAAGAUUCUGCACCAGCUGGAUGAACACCAAUCGACCAUUGCUGAUCUGGAGAAAACCGUCAACGCCUACCGAAGAGAAAAGUCUGAGAACGAGACCGCCCUCCGUAAGGCUCAACAGCGUGCCCAGACUUUGCAAAGCGCCCUGGACACUUCAGAGCAUGUACAGCGUGACUUUGUCCGGUUGUCGCAGUCGCUGCAGAUUCAGUUGGAAAAGAUUCGCCAAGGCGAACAUGAGGUGCGAUGGCAAGACGAAGACGACGUAAUAGCAUGCAAUUCAUGCACGCAGCUGUUCACACGUCAGCGUCGGAAAUAUCACUGUCGACACUGUGGCAAAAUCUUCUGUGACCAAUGUCUGAGUCGAGUUGUGCCGUCCGGUCCUCAGAAAAAACUUGCCAGAGUCUGUGAGGUGUGUCACACGUUGCUUGUGCGCGACAGUGCUCCCUUCUUUGCCGUUCAGAUGCCCAAAGAUACCCAUAAUGACUGA